AUGGCCGCGGAGACGGAGACGGAGACGGAGACUAGUCCCCUCGUCGGAGUCGUGCCAGCGCCGGAUGCCAAGGCCCCGCGCGCCGCCGCAUCCUUGGAUGUGGAGGCCCGCAUCCGCGCCAUGCGCGCCGCCGCAGCCGAGGAGAGGGAGAAGAUGUUGCUUCCCCGGCCACGGCCAGCAACCGGGCCGUUCUCUCGCCUCGCGCGGCUGUGGCGCCGGUUCUUCGUCCGAUUUGAUCCCGACUCCAUCCCCGUCUGUCAUCCGCUGGAUGACGAACAGCUCGAAAUGCUUGAACGACACAAAACGCCGGGGUACUUCAAGCGAUUAGCUAUGGAUCGCCAGCUUGUCACGGAAUGCCUACAGCACUACAACUCUAUGCAUUCGAUGAACCAGUUACUGAAGCCUACAGUGUCUUGGGUUUCCCUCUUUGGUGGUCUGCACGUCGGACUGGCAUAUUUGAUUCCAUUUGCAAGACAUGCUACUGUCGCUUUGAUGUUCCACGUCCUGGCAUGCAGAAGAUGUUUGCGUGUGGACAUAACAAUGUGGGGAAAGUCUGUGAAAUGUGCUAUCGUCGCUCCCAUGUGCUGCAUCCAUACCCAGGAGAAUUUGCGUUUGGCUAUCAUGAUCCUUACCACCCCUACUGAGUGCUGA